AUGGCAGCAGUGAUCCCGGCGUUUCGCGUUGUGCAUGUGGUCUGUUUCAAGUUCAAGCCGGACACUCCACCCUCUGCGCUUCUAAAUAUGGCUACAGAAGCCGAGGCCCUACCCGAGUGCAUCAAGGGCAUGCCUUUUGCCAUUUCUUUCCGGCCAACCUUCACUCAUGAACGUGCUAGGGGAUUCACCCAUGUUCUGUACUCCCAAUUUAGCAACGCCGAAGACCUCAACAGAUACUCAAGUCAUCCAGCUCACACAAGCUUUGUCGCCAAAUACAAACCAUUCUUCGAGGAUGUUAUGGCCGUAGACAUCGAGUUAUAA